UAUCCCCAGUGGAGAGAGGGAUUGUGUGCUGCACUCGUAAACAGUUACGUACAAAGACUGAAUGUGCGAUCAUGUGGCGCGCAUUCGAGCUGAAGAUGCCUGACUGUUGGUAGUCACAGUACCACUGGGAAGAUGAGCGGUCAAAUGCGACCUGACACACGGAAAAAUCGAAGGACCUAUCAAGCGAGUGUGAUGUUGAUUGCAGUCUGACCGUCAGCAGUGUGUGCUUACAGUGCUGCUGUUCAGGAUGAAUAGGAAGAAAGGAGACAAAGGAUUUGAGAGCCCAAGGCCGUAUAAAUUAACUCACCAGGUAGUUUGUAUCAACAACAUAAAUUUUCAGAGAAAGUCUGUUGUAGGUUAUGUGGAACUUACAAUAUUUCCCACAGUUGCAAACCUGAAUAGAAUCAAACUGAACAGUAAACAGUGCCGGAUUUACAGAGUAAGAGUCAACGACUUAGAAGCAGCUUUCAUCUAUAAUGAUCCAACACUGGAGGUUUGUCACCACGAGUCAAAGCAGAGGAAUCUCAACUAUUUUUCCAAUGCCUAUGCUGCUGCAGUCAGUGCUGUGGACCCAGAUGCUGGAAAUGGAGAACUGUGCAUUAAGGUUCCCUCAGAGCUGUGGAAACAUGUUGAUGAGUUAAAAGUCCUGAAAGUGCAUAUAAACUUCUCUCUGGACCAGCCAAAAGGAGGCCUUCAUUUUGUGGUACCCAACAUGGAGGGCAGCAUGGCAGAAAGAGGCGCUCAUGUCUUUUCAUGUGGUUAUCAAAAUUCUACAAGGUUUUGGUUUCCUUGUGUUGAUUCCUAUUCUGAGUUGUGCACUUGGAAGCUUGAGUAUACUGUAGAUGCUGCAAUGGUGGCUGUUUCAAAUGGAGAUUUGGUGGAAACUGUAUAUACCCAUGAUAUGAGAAAGAAGACUUUUCAUUACAUGCUGACUAUUCCAACUGCAGCUUCUAACAUCUCCUUGGCAAUAGGACCUUUUGAAAUCCUUGUUGAUCCGUACAUGCAUGAGGUGACUCACUUUUGCUUACCACAACUUCUCCCGUUGCUCAAACAUACCACGUCAUACCUUCAUGAGGUGUUUGAAUUUUAUGAGGAGAUUCUUACCUGCCGCUAUCCAUACUCCUGUUUUAAGACUGUUUUUAUAGAUGAAGCUUAUGUUGAAGUAGCUGCUUAUGCAUCCAUGAGUAUUUUCAGCACAAAUCUCUUACACAGCGCAAUGAUUAUAGAUGAAACUCCACUGACAAGGAGGUGCUUAGCACAGGCCCUGGCCCAGCAGUUCUUUGGAUGUUUUAUAUCCCGAAUGUCCUGGUCAGAUGAAUGGGUGCUAAAGGGAAUCUCUGGUUAUAUUUAUGGUCUUUGGAUGAAAAAAACCUUUGGUGUUAAUGAGUAUCGCCACUGGAUUAAACAGGAGUUAGAUCAAAUAGUGGCAUAUGAACUGAAGACUGGUGGAGUUCUGCUGCAUCCAAUAUUUGGAGGAGGAAAAGAGAAAGACAACCCUGCAUCACAUUUGCACUUUUCUAUCAAACACCCUCACACACUUUCCUGGGAAUAUUACACUAUGUUCCAGUGUAAAGCACAUCUUGUUAUGAGACUGAUUGAGAACAGGAUUAGCAUGGAGUUCAUGUUACAGGUUUUCAACAAGUUGUUGAGUCUGGCCAGCACUGCUUCAUCUCAGAAGUUCCAGUCACACAUGUGGAGUCAGAUGCUGGUUUCCACAUCUGGGUUUUUGAAAUCUAUCUCCAAUGUCUCUGGCAAAGACAUCCAACCUUUAAUAAAGCAAUGGGUCGACCAGAGUGGAGUGGUAAAAUUUUAUGGUAGCUUUGCAUUUAAUAGAAAACGGAAUGUGUUGGAAUUGGAAAUAAAACAAGACUACACAUCUCCUGGGACACAGAAAUAUGUGGGUCCUCUUAAAGUGACAGUGCAAGAACUUGAUGGAUCAUUCAACCAUACAUUGCAGAUUGAAGAAAACAGUCUUAAACAUGAUAUACCUUGCCAUUCUAAAAGCAGAAGAAAUAAGAAGAAAAAGAUUCCACUGAUGAAUGGAGAAGAGGUGGACAUGGACCUUUCUGCUAUGGAUGCUGAUUCCCCUUUGCUCUGGAUAAGAAUAGACCCUGAUAUGUCAGUACUGAGGAAGGUAGAAUUUGAACAGUCUGAUUUCAUGUGGCAAUAUCAGCUUCGAUAUGAGAGAGAUGUGGUUGCACAAGAAGAAGCCAUUCUGGCACUGGAAAAGUUCCCUACCCCAGCAUCACGGCUUGCACUGACUGAUAUACUAGAGCAGGAACAAUGUUUCUACCGAGUAAGAAUGCUGGCCUGCUUCUGCCUUGCGAAGAUUGCAAAUUCCAUGGUAAGUACAUGGACAGGACCACCAGCCAUGAAGUCACUCUUUACCCGAAUGUUUUGUUGUAAGACGUGUCCAAACAUUGUGAAGACCAACAAUUUCAUGAACUUUCAAAGCUACUUUCUGCAAAAGACUAUGCCUGUUGCCAUGGCCCUUCUGAGAGAUGUUCACAACCUCUGUCCUAAGGAGGUUUUAAUGUUUAUUUUGGAUUUGAUCAAGUAUAACGAUAACAGGAAGAAUAAGUUUUCAGACAACUACUACCGUGCUGAGCUGAUUGAUGCCCUAGCCAACUCUGUAACUCCUGCAGUCAGUGUGAACAAUGAAGUUCGAACAUUGGAUAACUUAAAUCCUGAUGUUCGACUUAUUCUUGAGGAAAUAACUCGGUUCCUAAAUAUGGAGAAGCUUCUUCCCAGCUACAGGCAUACCAUUACAGUCAGCUGUUUAAAAGCUAUUCGAGUGCUUCAGAAGAAUGGUCAUGUCCCAAGUGAUCCUGCUGUCUUCAAGUCAUAUGCAGAAUAUGGACACUUUGUAGAUGUCCGAAUAGCAGCAUUGGAGGCUGUCGUUGAUUAUACAAAAGUUGAUAGGAGCUAUGAAGAAUUGCAGUGGCUGCUUACUAUGGUCCAGAAUGAUCCUGUGCCCUACAUAAGGCAUAAGAUUCUGGAUAUGCUGACUAAGAAUCCACCUUUUACCAAGAACAUGGAGUCCCCUUUAUGUAACGAAGCUUUGGUAGAUCAGCUUUGGAAACUGAUGAAUUCAGGAACUUCACAUGACUGGAGAUUACGAUGUGGUGCUGUGGACCUCUAUUUCACGCUUUUUGGCCUCAGCAGACCAUCUUGUUUACCAUUACCAGAGCUUGGACUUGUUCUUAAUCUCAAAGAAAAGAAGGCUGUACUUAAUCCAACGAUUAUCCCUGAAUCAGUUGCAAAUAAUCAGGAACCUGUGAAUAUUGCUAACAAUCACGGACAGUCAGUAGGAUUUCAGAACACCUUCUCAAACUCUCAAGAAGAGGAGGAAAUUGAUAUGGACACAGUUCAUGACAGUCAAGCCUUUAUUUACCACCAUUUGAAUAUGCUGGAGAGACCAUCCACACCAGGUAUGAGCGGAUUUAUUGGUAAAGAACAGUCUUCGGGAGAGAUGAGUAUGCACCCUGUCUCUGCAGCUCCGCUCUGUGUGUACAGUAAAGAAACAAACUCCUCAAAACACAGUGACCACCAUCAUCAUCACCACCAUGAGCACAAGAAAAAGAAGAAGAAACACAAGCAUAAGCACAAGCAUAAACAUAAACAUGAUAAUAAGGAAAAGGAGAAGGAUCCCUUUGCUUUCUCUAACAGUCCAGCCAGUGCACGAUCAAUCCGUUCCCCAUCACUUUCAGACUGAUAGCAGCGGCUUCUCUGGAGUUACCUUGCAGUGUUCUCUGAAUACUUAGAAGGAUGUAUAUAACAAUAGCUUCUAUCUUUUUUGAUGGAAAUAAGAUGUCAUUGCCUUAGCAAUUCAGAAGCUCUUCCACUGUCCUUGUCUUAAGCCUUCUAUUUGCAGAUGCGGUUGUUGAAAUAAUCAGAU